AUGAGUGCUACCGUCAGUCCGCGGAGUUAUUGGGCCGCGUUGCGGGAGCAGCGCACCGCCUCGCGCACUCCCGUCACCCCAUCGUCACCAGCAGAAGCAGCAGCAACGCCGCGGCCAAUCCCUCUGUCGCCACCGUGUCGUGAAUUUGGACAACAUUCGCAUGGCGAGAGUGUUGUCAUUGAAAACAGUACUAUUCUGGGGAUGUUCAACGACCCCUCCGAUGCGGCGGCGGGUGAACUUGUGCACGUGAGCAAAGCAAGCAACGGCCGUGGCAGAUCCCGUUCUCUCGUGAUGGACUUCAUUGAUGAAUGCGUGCUUAAAGGCAUGCCGGAGUCCCUUAUCGUUGAGCAUGUCAUGUUUAUGGUCCACGCGAUGCAGGAGCAGAUAAACUUGACGGAGGCCUUGCACGCGCGGUUUCACCACGACCGCCUGCGACAAUACGAGGUCUCCGAACUGACAAACAUGUUAGAGCGGCAACAAGUCUACUACGACCAACAGCAAGAGUACAGCAACAACAACAAGAAAUGGCAAGAAAUCGAGGAGACAAAGUGGAAUUUGGUGCAGGGUAGAGGGCGUAAGGAUCAUGCAACACCCCGUCGCUUUGCGCCAUCAUUUGUUGGUCCCUUAUCCACCGAUGCGAACGUGCGGACGAAGGCCGUGCCUGCUGUGUCACGUGCGGCUGUGGGCAGUCGCGCUGUGGGGGGGCGUCAUAGGGAGUCUGCGUCACGAUUGGGUACGGAGCGUCAUUUGCGCGUGGCAUUCACACAGACGCCGACGGAGAGAAGUGAGCAACAACUGCACGGAAGAGUGGUGUCUCGGGCCACCGCGGCACCAGCGUUCCAGCGUUUUAUGCGGCCGACGGAUGCCAGCAAUAGGAAGGAACGACGCAAGUACAGUACGAUAUUGGGGGAGUCUCUCACUCACCCUCUCCAGUUGCGCUCAGGUCAACAGCAGGGUUUUACGUGGACGGCACGACAGGAGGGAAAAUCCCAUGGUUUGACGAUUAAGAAAGAAGUGUUUGCCCGACGUGGACGUCAACGGCUUGUGGGCGAAGUGGGGAAUACCGGCGGUAGUCAGUUGACGUGGUCGGAUGGUGACGAUGAUGACAAAAAGAAUACGGUGUCUCUUUCAAAGUGCCGUGGCGAGGGUGGAAGUCCUGGGCCUCGAAUAGAAGCACGGCAACAAGAGGGAGAGGCUACGCCCUCUGAUGUCCUGAUUUCUCCCAUGUCGCCGCCCCACAGCGAAACUCUUGGCGACGGUGACGAAGCCACUGCACCUAGGGUUUAUGAUGUGAACAGGUGGAAUGAAAAGAAGAGAAAAGAAGUCCUGACCGAUUCGGGCCGACGGGGAAUAGAAGAUUCCCUCUUAACUGUCCCACCACCAUCGGUAGCGGCAGCGGCACCUCCGUUAUCCGUUCACACCCCUUCAUUGUUCCCUAAUCCACAGCUGCUGGUGUACAUUGAACAGAGUCGGCGCAAGGUACGAGAGGCGGAGCGUGUAUUGGCGAAUUCACCUGGAAACGACUUCAGGAGGGGCGUUCAAUGA